UAUUGCACAUGUCAGUUUCCAUUGUUCGGCGUUCUCGCGUUCUUCUUUUGACGUCUUUGUUCCAACUCCAACCACAAGUCAUCAGACCUGAUCCAUUUCUACGUCACUUACAUCUAUCGUAUUCUGUUACUAUGCCUCCAAAACGCAAGUCUGCAGCAGCUGAUGGUGAUGAACCUGCAAAGAAACAAGCUAAGCCAAAGGGCAAUGGAAGGGAAAAGAUUCCUGAUGUCGAUGCUGCAAGUUUGGCCUCAGAUGCAAAAACCGAAGAUGGGAAGAAGUGGAAUCUCAAAAUAGCUUCCUGGAAUAUCAAUGGGAUAAGAGCAUGGGUUGAGAAAGAAGGCUACAACUAUAUCAAAGUAGAAGAGCCAGAUAUCAUUGGCUUCCAGGAAACGAAGUGUAAUGAAGAGAAAAUUCCAGCUGUUUGUAACAUUGAGGGAUACCACAGCUAUUGGUCCUCGGCAGAAAAGGAGGGUUAUGCUGGCACAGGGUUGUUAUCAAAAGUCAAGCCAUUAAGCGUCAGGUUUGGUAUCGGGAUUGAGAAGCAUGAUGAUGAAGGGAGAACAAUAACAGCUGAAUAUGAAAAGUUUUACUAUGUUACAAGUUAUGUUCCAAAUGCAGGUCGAGGUCUCGUGCGGCUGAAAUACAGAUCUGAAGAAUGGGAUGUGGACUUCAGAAAUUAUCUUAAGAAAUUAGAUGAGACGAAACCUGUUGUGAUGUGUGGCGAUCUCAAUGUUGCCCACAGUGAAAUUGAUAUUGCCAACCCAAAAUCGAACAAAAAGUCUGCUGGAUUUACCAAGGAGGAGCGCGAUGGAUUCACAACUCUUCUGGAAGAAAAUGAUUUUGUGGACUCUUUCCGUCAUCUCUAUCCUGACAAGACUGGUGCUUAUUCCUUUUGGACGUACAUGGGUAAUGCAAGAGGGAAGAAUGUAGGAUGGCGAUUGGACUAUUUUGUCAUCUCGAAGCGUCUGGUGCCCAAUCUGUGUGACAGCUUGAUCAGGUCAGAUGUAAUGGGAAGUGACCACUGCCCCAUUGUCUGUCUCCUGGCAAUGUAGUAAACCUUCAUGAUGAUAUUGCUGUGGAGGUUGAAACCUAGAAUAAGGCUGGACUUCACUUCCUGUGAAUGUUGAUAUUGUUGCAUGGCUGAACUCUGAACCCAACGACAGACUCAUUAAGAUUAUACGAUGACUUGCAGAAGGCAAGUUUGAAGCUUAUAGCAAAGACAAUGCUUCUCCUUAAAUCUCAAAUUUGCCUGGUAUGGAAACUAGAAUUCAAUACCUUCAGAUAUAGCGAGCAGUUUUAUAGGAUUUCAGUUUUUUUUAGAUCAAAUCUAUUUGGUACUUUAAACUGGAUUUAAUAGAUCAUAAGAAAUAUUUUCCUCUAGGUGAGAGUGUUCACUUUAUUUACAAGAUUUGCAAUAGCACUUGACUUCAAUCAAUCAACUGCAAAAAGAGAAACCAGAACUGCCCAACAACAGAUAUAUUGAUGUUGUCAAUGAUUUUUUUUGUAUAUUUUUUUCUAUCUGUUUUAAUAAUAAAAAGU